GCCACUUUACUGCAGUCCCUUUCAUUGGUUACACUUGGCCUUUGUUAGGUGUUGUGUUUUAGAGCAUCAAGUUUUUGGCGCCGUUGCCGGGGACUUUCUAGAGUAUUAAGAAAGGCAGAAGUUUGUUACUUUAGCGUUUUUCUUUUCUUUUCUUUUCCACCCUUGCUUUUCACUUGGGUGUUUUUGUUUUUGUUGGUGCAGAUCUGAAUCAUGGAUCCUAAUGGCUUCUCCAAUCAUUGGGGGUAUCCACCACCACCUGAGUGGUAUUACCCCGAGACUCCCUGGAGCAAUCAAGGAAGAGAAGACUAUGGAUUCGGGUUCCAGUACCAACCCCCUUACUACGGAGAACAACCGGAUCCCUGGGCAUAUCAAGAACAACCUCAUUACCAAGAAGAAUUUUUCCCACAACCAGAGGGGCUAUUGGAGCUGGAGUUACCCAUGGCGGCCUUCACGGGCCAUUCUGCAGAGCCAUGCUACACUCCACAGCCAGAUCCACACUAUGAAUUGAGACUUCUCAUGGAGCAGUUUGCUGGAGACUGUGAUAGAACAUGCUCCAGGAUGGAUCAUUGUGUCCAGGCCUAUCGUGAAACAGAGGAGAUCCUCCUGAGCCUUAAGAAGAGCGUCGAUGAUCUUGAGCGAUCUUGGGCACAGCCUGCUCCAGAUCACCCUUCUGCUACCAUACAAGAAGAGGAGGAGGAAGAAGAAGGCUACAAGGACAUUGUGGAGCACACUGAAGUUGUCACGGAGAGCUCCCGUGAUGAUCAUGAUCAGGAGUGUCCUGUCGUAGCCGACCACACCUUCCCACACCCCAAACUGCGCUUUGAAGAGGCGGGCAUGAGUGAGGAGUUGCAAGAAGAUCUCAUGAAAGAAAUUGCUUGGCAACUUGCUCUCCAAUCCGUGCUAGAAGAAGAAGAAGAGCAACAAAGGGUGCAGAAAGAAGUUGUGGAGGAUGACGAAAGUGAAGCAGGAGGAGUUCUUGAUCAUUUCCCAGGGGUGAUACCACAUGAAGAAGAAAGGGGGGUUGAAGAAGCAAUUGGCGUCCAGGCUGAGGACGGAGUUAAGGUGGAAGAGGCCUGCACCGGCCAUGAGUUACAUGUGAUAUCUCCACCAAACUUCGAGGAACUGCUUAGCAAGGACCCAUUUGCAGUGUCUCUUUGCCAGACCAAGCCCACCUCGACAUCGGUCCCUCUUGGUGGACGCGAUGGUGGCCAAUCGAUGCUGUCAUAUCUGGUUUGGGGCAAUGAGACGAGAGAAGAGAAGGAGAGGUCUCGAGGGUGGAGACUUCAUCUGCAUCAAGUACAUGAGCCUUCAUCACCUGCCACACCACAUGCUCGUGACUUGAGACUCCACCUCAUCGACGAGAACCUCAACUUCAAGGAGGUUCUAGCAUGGACCAAAACUUAGGAGCCAUCGUCCGGCUCACGACGUGAAAGAAGCGCUUGUUGGGAGGCAACCCAACCAGUCGGUUUGCAUUUCUGUCUCUAUUUCUCCUCGGUUGAGUCAGUUUUGCUAUUUGAUUUUAGAGUCAAUAACUCAACCUUUGUGAGAUUUUGUGUGGUGUUUGUGUUCUGAUUACUCUCUCUUUCUGGAUGGCACCGCCUGACCCGUUCAUCAUCAUUCACCCUUGAUCUGGUAACUUCGUUCUACCCUCCUUAUCUUUCCUCCAUUGAGGACAAUGUCGUGCUUAAGUGUGGGGGGAUGUUCGAUUAUGUAUGCGGGUGAAUGUUUGGCUGUUUGUGUGCUUGGAGCCUAGUCCACUGUCCAAAUUUUUAAAUUUGAGGGCUCCAAGUACGUGUUCCUUGCAAUUGCCUGCUCAGUAUGCUUUGAAUUGACAGUCUCUAUAGUAAUAUGCAACCUAGGGAGGUGGUGUAGCACUAUGGAGGAUGUUGAUGCAUUUAGGAAAUCUCAUUUCUUCUUCAUAUUGUGUUGGUUGAUUGAGUGAAUUAGUAAUCUUAGGACCCUUGAAUUGUGUGGUGUUGUGGAUUCUCUGCCUGUCAUGGACUCUUGUAUCAUGUUUUAAGUUUAACAGGUGCUCGAAAAUGUGCUUCAAAAUAACGUCUCCCGUGCGAA